CGUACUACGAGGGCUCUGUGUGAGGGUGUGUGAUUCUUCCGGUGGCCGUUCAUUCUCGCGAGGUGAGCCCUAAUGGUGUCAUCUGCUAGCCGUUAAUCAGUGGAUUCUCUGAGGAAAUCUGUUAUUUUUAAAUGUAGGAUUUUCCUAUCCUGAGUUUUAGAAGCGGACAGGAAACGGAGGGAUAUGCGCCUGGAUCCAUCUUACCGAAAAGGCGACGGGAGGGAAACAUGUAACCGAGCGUUCGGAGCGGCACCUGACACCUUCUUUUAUUAUUUGAAGUAUUGACACACAGUAUUUUCGUGUUUUCCGUUGGAUAUUAUCGUCGACCCAAGACUGCAAAAAUGAGCGAGGAAGUAUCAGAGGUCCCCAAAGAACUGCUCGAGAGUGUGAAGGAUGCAGUGGGGAGGAAGAUGAAAAUCUCGGUGAAGAAGAGAGUCAAACUAGAGAUGAAAGGAGACAAGGUGGAGAACAGAGUCUUGGCUCUUGCAUCUCAUCGGGCCUACCUCCUGACUGCACGCAUCCCCAGCAAGAUUGAACACAACUUCAAUUAUCUGGAGAUACAAGGGAUCACCUGUAACAAGCCCACACAGCUGACGGUGGACUAUGAGAGAGGUGUUGUGUCUCUGAAGCUGACCUCUACAGAAGAGGUGAAUGAGGUGGUGGCUCACAUAGGGAUCUGUCUACAGAGGAUAUGUCCUGGUCUAUCACCACUGAAGCUGAUGAAGAAGCUGAGUAUGGAGCCUCCAGAGAGGAUCACCAGCCUACAGACUCUAUGGGACAACCACAAAGUAGCAGAACCAGGACCGUGUGGUGGUUUCUCUCAGAUGUACAGAUGUGUAUGUGACUGGCUGGGUCUGCCCUACAGAGAGGAAGUUCAAUGGGAUGUAGACACCAUCUAUCUGACUCAAGACACACGGGAUCUCAGCCUGCAGGACUUCAGUCAUCUGGAGAAUAGGGAUCUAGUGGCUAUAAUAGCAGUAUUGGAGUACAACCAAUGGUUCACAAAGCUCUCCACAAAGGAUUGUAAACUGUCAGCAGACGUGUCCGACCAGAUCCUUCGGGUGGUGGCCCGGUCCAGUCGACUAGAGGAACUGGUUCUGGACAACGCAGGACUCACUAGGGAUUUUGCUCAGAAGCUGGCGAAUGCCCUCUCCCAUAACCCCAACUCAGGACUCCACACUGUGAACCUUGCCAAUAACCCACUGGAGGAUCGAGGAAUCACCUCCCUGGGAGCACAGUUUGCCAAACUCCCUGAGGGACUCAAGCAUUUAAACUUUUCCAAAACCUCAUUGUCACCCAAAGGGGUGAACAGCCUUGCCCAGUCACUGAGUGCCAACCAGUCCAUCCCCAGCACCCUCAGUCACCUGGACCUCUCAGGGAACAUACUGCGGGCAGACGACAUCCCGCAUUUCUACCAUUUCCUGGGCCAACCCAACAGCCUGACGACUCUGGACUUGUCCAACACAGACUGUUCUCUGGACCUGGUGUGUUCUGCUCUCCUGAGAGGCUCCGUCCAGAACCUCUCUGUCCUCAACAUGUCCAAGAGUGUAUUUGCACAUAGGAAAGGCAAAGAUGUGCCUCCAUCCUUCAAGCACUUCUUCAGCAGCGCAGUGGCCCUCAGCUGCAUCAACCUUUCAGGGACCAGACUCCCUCCUGAGGCCUUGAAAGCUCUUCUGCUCGGUCUGGCCAGUAACCCCAACAUCAAGGAAGUGUCUUUAGACCUCAGCUGCUGUGAGCUUGGUCACUGUCUCAGGUCCGGGGGGUCACAGAUCCUGGAGGGAUGCAUCGCUGAGCUCCCCAACAUCUCCAGUCUGGACAUCUCUGACAACGGUCUGGACUCUGACCUGUCCACUCUGCUGGUGUGGCUGGCCAAGAACCGAUCCAUCCGACACCUCUCACUGGGGAAGAACUUCAACAACAUCAAGUCCAAAAAUCUGGCCCCUGUGUUGGACAACCUGGUUCAUAUGAUUCAGGAAGAGGAAUCGCCCCUGACGUCUCUGUCCCUGGCUGACUCUAAGCUGAAGACAGACCUGACCAUUGUGCUGAAUGCUCUGGGCAGCAACACCAGUCUGACCAGGGUGGAUAUCAGUGGGAACGCCAUGGGAGACAUGGGGGCUAAGAUGCUGGCCAAGGCCCUGCAGAUCAACAGCAAACUAAGGACGGUGAUCUGGGAUAAGAACAACAUCAGUCCUCAAGGUCUCCAGGAUGUAGCAGCUGCUCUGGAGAAAAACUUCACCAUCCGGUUCAUGCCUAUCCCCAUCAUCGAUGCGUCUCAGGCUCUCAAAGCCAGCCCAGAGAAGACUGAGGACGCCCUGCUCAAGAUUGAGAACUACCUGUUCCGGAACCAUGAGACUCGUCAAUACCUCCAGGAGCAGGCCUACCGCCUCCAACAGGGGAUCGUUACCACCACCACUCAACAGAUGAUUGACAGGAUCUGUGUGAAAGUCCAGGACCAUCUCAACUCCCUGAGGAACUCAGAGACAGACGGGAUCUCAGACGACGUCAAGACGGCUGAAAACCUAAUGAAGGAUGCCAGGAACUCCAAAACGCUGCUUCCUAACCUGUACCACCUGGGAGCAGCGUCCAGAGAAGAGGUCAACGGUCAGUCAGUAGGACCCAUCCAGGAGAAACUGGAGUCCAUGGCUGGAGAGGUGGCCAGGGUCAUGGAUGAACAGCUACAGAGUCUGUUGGAGUCCAUGGUGGAUGCUGCGGAGGGUCUCUGUCCCCAUGUGAUGAGGAAGACUAACCUUCGUCAGGACCUGAUCAAAGCCAGCACUGCUAAGAUGGUGGUCCCCCGUAGCUUCGUCAAGAACACCCUGCUGGAACAGUCUGGAGUCGACAUCAUCAACAAGAUCAGUGAGGUAAAGCUGAGCCUGGCUUCCUUCCUCUCAGACCGUAUCGUAGAUGAGAUCCUAGAAGCCCUGUCUGGCUCUCAGCACACACUGGCUGACCACCUGGUGAGGAAGGAGCAUCCUCUGGUCCAGCAGGAGUCUGUGGACCUGGACGUACCCGAGGAGAGGGCUCCUAAACGGGCCACCACGGAGCUGAAUGAGGCAGAAAGGCUGGAGGACCUGGAGACAUGCAUGAUGACUCCCAAGUCCAAGAGGAAAAGCAUCCACAGUAGAAUGCUCCGUCCAGUUUCUCGUGCCUUCGAGAUGGAGUUUGACCUUGACAAGGCCCUGGAAGAUGUUCCUAUCCACACAGAGGACCCUCCUGCACCUUCCCCUGCUCCUAGCCUCUCUAGGUUAGAGAAGAGACCGUCAGGGGCCAUGGGAGAACUGCCCUCAGACGAGGCCAAGAAGCUGCAGCACUUCACCAAACUACGGCCUCGCAGGAACAAGAAGAUGCAGUCCAGUAAGAUACCGCAAAUCAGCAGCACCACGUCUCAGGACGGAGAGCAGAACGGCCUGCAUGGAAGGGUUGAUGAGGGGGUGGACGAGUUCUUCUCCAAGAAAGUCACCAAGAUGGACUCGAAACGUUCCCUAAAGACUUCAGACUCCCAGGAUGGGGAGAAGAAGAAGAGUAAAGGAGGUUUCCUCAACCUCAUCAAGUCUCGCACCUCCAAGUCUUCAGACAAAGACAAGUCAGAGAAGAACCAGUCUACCCCAGCUCCAGCCCAAACCCCAGCUCCAGUAACCACCGUCCCCGAGGGACCUUCCUCCCCUAAGGCCUCCCUGAAGAGCCAAGCUCCAGAACCACCAACCAAGGUCAAGGAGGCCAAGACCCAGCCCACCCAUCCCAGCCAGCUCACCCAACCCCUGGACUGCAGCAGCAGCUCAGACCGGUCUGAGGAGCUCCGGACCCCAGACUCUAUGGAUGAGGUGUCAGAUGGGGACAGUAAGGGUAGUCCCCAGGGGGGGAGGCGCUACGGGGUGCAGGUGAUGGGGACUGGACUCCUGGCGGAGAUGAAGGCCAAGCAGGAGAGACGGACCUUCGGAUCACAUAAGGACCAGUAUGACCAGUCGUCCAGUCCAGACAGCAGUGGCAGCGUGAAGGGCCAGCCUAUCCCAACAGAGAGCAGGUCUCCAGGUGGCUCCAAGGCAGAGGGGGUGGUGCUGGUCGGCUCCCCAGAGAAGAGCCCUCGUGGUGGGGAGGCCAAACCAGAGACGGUCCCUAGAAACCGCAUUACCUCCAGUUCCAGUCCUAAACCCCCUCUUCAGGGCACCAAGCCAGCCCUCGCUGCCCGACCCUCCAUCCUUCAGAAGCCGCGCACCAGCAGUAGCAGGAGCAUAGAUGAGGUCUGUGACUCCCCUGGAGGGAAUGUGUCUCCCAAGGGUGCAAUGCUGCCUUACAGCCUGAAGAGGGUCCCCUUGGACAAGGACAAGGAGGGACAGGGCAGUCCUCUACUGGGGGGCACGGGGAGCAACAGAAACCCCUCUGCUCAGGCAGUGAAUGUUCCAACAGAAGACGCUAGUGUGUUUGAUUCUGAUCAGGAAGCUGACAGGCCAAUCUCAGAGCCCGACACGCCUGCCAAUCACCUACCAGCACCGAACAGGAAGUGGGCGAGCACAAGAGCAGGAAGUCCCUCCCCUUUACUGCAGUGAAACCAGGCUCAGUGUCAGACCCUGCCAAACACCAGAGCCCCCACCGCCACAACUCUGAGGACAACGUCUCCAAACCCAAGGACCAAACCCCCAACCCUGACAGAGACAAGGGACCGGGGAGAAAGUCUUCCCAAUCUGGAGAAGAGGCCGACAAAGACUUUAUUUUUAUAUGAGAAACUAAACUCUCAAUGAAUGACAGGUGCAUGGUACCUGCCUGUCAUCUCAAUAUAUCUGAUAUCAGGAAUCAGAAAGCAAAGACCCUAUGUCUAAAGAAGACUGUCGGGAGAGUAACCCCUGUGAAGUGUUUCACUUUGAUAGUACACUUUCACUAAUCUCAGUAAUACCAAGAUAAAUACGGCUAAAGCACUGUUAUGAUGAUGCACUGUUGUGUGUUAAGUCACUGUGGAAAAUAAACAGCACCUUUUCUGAAGGGGGAAGGAGAGGGACAUCCCUUUACAUGACUCCGAUAUCUCAUGGUUUGGCCAUGUGUGGACUAUGUCAUCAUGGUUUGGCCAUGUGUGUACUAUGUCAUCAUGGUUUGGCCAUGUGUGGACUAUGUCAUCAUGGUUUGGCCAUGUGUGUACUAUGUCAUCAUGGUUUGGCCAUGUGUGGACUAUGUCAUCAUGGUUUGGCCAUGUGUGUACUAUGUCAUCAUGGUUUGGCCCUGUGUGGACUAUGUCAUCAUGGUUUGGCCCUGUGUGUACUAUGUCAUCAUGGUUUGGACAUGUGUGGACUAUGUCAUCAUAGCUUUGUGUGUCGGUCAUCCCCUGUGCUUGUAUUGGGAACUGAACUGGUGUACUGUCAGGCCAGUAAAAGCUAGCCUGGAAUCCACACUGAAUAUGGCACUGUUUCACUAUUCAGAUUGGUAUCCAUGCUAAGUGAAAGCUGGACAUGGAUGGAAGUCCAGCUCGGGGCUUUUCUGCACUCAUGGUCAAUUGGCUACUAAUUCAGGACCUGACUGCUUCAUGUGGACAGACGGACGUUUUCAAACCUGUCCAGCAAUUCAGGAAGUAAACUGAAAUUCCAUUUCCAUUUCUCUUCACUGCUUUUCAAUAAGAACAUUUUUUAAUUGGCUUAGUUUCUGGAUUGACUGGAAUUGAAAUGGAAUUGACCCCAACGCUGCUGUCCAGUCAGUCAGGGCCAGACAACUAGGGGUCAUGUCCUGGCCUCGGCACCUUUCGGUCUUUCAAUCGGUCUUCGUUUGCUGCCUCGCUGCCAGUAGUUUAUUUUCUUCACGACCUGUAAUCAUGGCUUGGCCUGAAGGAUUGGCUUACUGAGUCAGAACAUAGUGAUGUCGGGGACUGGGUUGAAUGCUGUGAAUGCAUCACAUUCCAUGAACCUGUCCACCUGGGCCAUGUUCAGUAGGCAGAAAACUGACUGAAACAGGGAGGUAAAUUACCUGAACUUGUCCAAUAAGAAACACUUGUUUUAGUUUAUUACGCUCUCUACUGAACUAGGACCCUGAGGGGUAUUCUACGAAGCAGGUAGCAAGGUAACUUUGGUAAACUAUGAGUUCAACUCGGGAUAACAGGUCAAAGCGGCUCACCUUUUAGCCAGGUGAAUUUCUAUGGCAACGAAUCCUCCAGAACUAACCCGCUCCGGGGAAGGCUAACUCCACUUCCCUUGAAUCAAAUGAUCAAUCAAAUCAGUUUCCCUCACUCUCGCCAAGACUGCCUCAUCCCCUUCAUUUGAGGAAGACCACUGAUUUGAAAUAUAUAAAUGUUUUCUGUGUUAAAAACUAGUAAUGUUAAAAUAUAUAACAUUUCACAUUUAGUAAUGACAGAAUGCAUUCUAAACUUCACCCACAGGAGCACUUCUGUAUGAUUCAUAAUAUUAUUUUAUUGAUAGGAGGGGGGGAGGUGCCUGUGGUUGUUGUGCAUUGAUAAACACACCAAAGACAAGUAAUAAAAUAAAGACGAAUUAAUGAUAAGUAAUAAAAUAAAGACAAUUAAUGAUAAGUAAUAAAAUAAAACGCAUUAAUGAUAAGUAAUAAAAUAAAGACUAAUUAAUGAUAAGUAAUAAAAUAAAGACUAAUUAAUGAUAAGUAAUAAAAUAAAGACUAAUUAAUGAUAAGUAAUAAGAUAAAGACGGCACUAAUGAUAAGUAAUAAAAUAAAGACUAAUUAAUGAUAAGUAAUGAAAUAAAGACGGAACUUCUAAAAGCCAAUUUCACACCACAGCUGCUGAAUUUCCAAAAUAACUUUUCUUUUCUCUUGAUUUCUGCACCAAUGAAAAUGUUGCACUGAGUCGCCCAUGGAUUGACGUUUCAGCAUUGUCACAAUGAAGAGUUCGCCGUUCGACUAGCCAUGUGCAGUUCCAAGCCUUCUAGAGUUAGCGGCAGGCGUACAAGCAAUAUCCACCGUCGUUAGGUACACAUGAAGCCUGAACUGGGAUGUGAAGCUAACUGAAGCUGGUUAGCUCUAGAAGACCCUGAGUAGAUCUAGCAUGCUUCGUAGGAUAACCCCUCUGGUUAACUGUGUUGGUUGGAUUUCUCUGUCUUGUAUUUUAUUCUUUCUGUUUGGGGAUAAAGAGCAGCUGUCUGUCUUCUGUUUGGUUCUAUGAAACAAUAAAACCAUGGAACGACGUGUUAAAAGAAUCAGUAAGAGUUAAAUAAGUAAGAGAGAGAGUCUAUCUCUCAGACAGGCAGAGUGAUUACUGCUGAAUUUGUGUGUCUGAUAUGCAUGUGUGAUGUACUGUAUGUGUAGUAUAAUACUGUAUGUUAAGUUACAUACAUGUAAUAUAAUACUGUAUGUUAAGUUACAUACAUGUAAUAUAAUACUGUAUGUUAAGUUACAUACAUGUAAUAUAAUACUGUAUGUUAGGUUACAUGUAUUACAAUACUGUAUGUUAAAUUACAUACAUGUAAUAUAAUACUGUAUGUUAAGAUACAUACAUGUAUUAUAAUACUGUAUGUUAAGUUACAUACUUGUAAUAUAAUACUGUAUGUUAAGAUACAUGUAAUAUAUCCACACACGUAUGUGUACACAUCCUAUACUACUAUGGUACUACUAAGCACACUACUAAAAUAGGUUUAUAUAAUGAUGUAAUUUAUUGAAAUAAAAACAGUGGUCGGUUGUGUUUUUAUCCCUUUUCUUGUCCUUAUUGUAAAUGUACAUUGUGUUAAUACUGAGGAAAUCAAUUAGUCGAUUUCAUUGUUUUCUUCUUAUUCUUUAAACAAUUCAUUAGUUGGAUUAUUUUAUUUUUAUGACAAGAAACAAGCAGAAACAUUGAUAUAUUUGCCUGAUCAUUUCUGAAAAGCAAAAAAAAGGAAAGUUAAUUCAACAAAGAAAAUGACUCCAUGUUGUUAUGCUGUAUGCUUUAUUUAGUUACGGACAACACUCCUUAACAUGUUUCACUAAAUCACACAUGUCCUUCCUUAUGUGAAUAUUUAUACCAAUUAAAAUAAUUGUACAGAUUGAA